AUGAAGUAAGCAGGUGGUAAAUUUAGAACAGAGUAGAAAAUCAAAAACAAUUGCCUAGAACAAAAGAGUAGAGAGGGUGUUAUUCUCUGUUUUGCAAAUGAUCAAAAAACUGAUGGCACUAAAGUAUGUGACAACUGCAUUUCGGAUGUUAAAUAAAUUUAAAUCAAUAAAACAAAAUUGCAAAUUUCAAGAAAUCUGCAAAAUCUUCUUGAUACAGAAGUUAUAAGACUAUUUGAUGCAUUUGGCGCUAAAUACGAAAAACUGUAUUCUGAGUUAUGUUUAUCUGAGGUUUAUACGAUUAAAGUAAAUUUGAAAAAAAGCAUACUUGAAGAUUUUGAGCAAUUAAUAUAGCAAUUGAUAUGCUUGAAAGAAUUAGAAAUAACAGAAGAUCCAGAAGAAUAGUUUGAUGCUGAAACAUUUCAGGUUUUAUGCCAAAUCUUAUAAAAGCUUAAUUUAGUUAGCAACGUAGAUCUUCCAAUUUUCUAAAAUUAGGAUAUUUAGAAAGUAUAGUUUGAAAGAAUGAUUGUUAAUCAUAUAGAAGAAAUGCCUUUGACAAAAUUCUAAAUUAAUUUGAAAACUAAUAGAAUAUUAAGAGACAAUAGUUUAAUUGAGUUGUCGUAAGUCUUGUCAAGACAUACAUAGCUUGAAGAUUUCGCAAUUAACUUAGAAAAUAAUACAGCAAUAGCCUAGUAAGGACUAACCGAAGUCGCUAAUAUUCUCAAAAAUUAAAAAAAAAUUUAAUCAGUUGACAUCAACUUUUUAAAUAACCUCAGCUUUUAGGAUUAGCAACUAAUUGAUUUAGCAGAAGCACUUCAUAAAAAAAAUGAUUUAAAAUUUUUGAGUCUUAAUUUUCACAAAAAUGAUAAUUUCACAGACAACUCUUUGUAAAAGCUCGCUGACAGUCUUGCUGAAUUUACUAAAAUAGAAAAACUUAAAUUAGAUUUCCACUAUAAUACCAUCUUCUCCGAUAAAGCUUUUUAUAGUUUAACAAGUUCAAUGAAUAGAAUGAAGGGUAUUUAAGAAAUGUUUUUAAAUUUUUGCAAAAAUAAUACUUUAACUGAUGAGUCAUUAGCAAAUCUAUCAAGAGUACUUAUUACAAAAUAAAAGAUUACACAUCUCUACUUAAAUUUCAAUUACAAUGAGCAAUUUUAGUCUUAGUCUUUUACUGACCUUGGAGUAAGUAUCGGAUAAAUGUCUGGAUUGAAAUAUCUAAGUUUAGAAUUUGAGAGAAGCAAGAACUUUGAUGAUUAAUCCAUAGUUGACAUGAUCACAGGAAUUAAAAGAUAAGUCAAUUUGAAACAAAUAUAAUUUAAUUUGAGGUAAAAUAACAACCUCUCUCAAACUUCUUUAAGAGAAAUGGUACCUUGUUUCUCAAGCAUGAAAAAGCUUAAAGACUUCACUCUUUACAUUAAUAAUGGGUAUUACAAAGAUGUAAAAGACUUUUUAUCAAGAUACCCUACUGAUGAAAACAAAGAAGAUGGAGAACAUGAAGAUUCUUCUUGA